AUGUCUGCAACCAUCCGACAGUACAAGGCAGCCGCCGUCCAGGCUGAGCCUGGUUGGUUCAACCUGGAAGCUUCCGUCCAGAAGACCAUCAAGCUCAUCCUCGAGGCUGGCGAGAAGGGCUGCAAGCUCAUCGCCUUCCCCGAGCUUUGGAUCCCUGGGUAUCCCUACUGGCAGUGGCGCGUCAACUACCAGGACUCACUGCCCCUUCUCAAGGAGUACCACAAGAACAGCUUGAAGCCAGACUCGGUCGAGAUGCAGCGGAUCCGGGCCGCGGCUAAGACUGCGCAGAUCUACGUCUCGCUGGGCUACUCCGAGGUGGAUGGGCACACGCUGGGGACGACCCAGAUCAUCAUUGACCCGACUGGUGCUGUCAUCAACCACCGCAGCAAGAUCAAGCCCACUCACGUUGAGAAGCUCGUCUUUGGCGAGGGCACCGGAGACUCGCUCAACACCGUUGUCGAGACGGAGAUUGGCCGCCUCGGCCACCUUAACUGCUGGGAGAACAUGAACCCGUUCCUUAAGGCACUCGCGUGCGCGCAGCACGAGGAGAUCCACGUCGCCGCCUGGCCCGUCUACCCGCCCGCGUCGUCGCUCAAGUACCCGGACCCCUACACCAACAUCUCCGAGGUGCAGUCGGAGCUCGUGACGCCCGCGUACGCCUACGAGACGGGCACCUGGACGCUUGCCCCGACUCAGGUGGUGACGCGCGAGGGCGCCCGCCUCAACCUGCCCAAGCGGCUGCAGAACGACGAGGCGGCCGUUGAUGCCGAGUUCGCCGUCAUCGGAAACGGCUUCACUCGCAUCUACCGACCGGACGGUUACCGCGCGGUCGAGGACCCGGACAAGACUUUCGAGGGCUUGGUGAUUGUCGAUGUGGACCUGGACGAGAACCUGCUGACGAAGCGGCUCGCCGAUUUUGGUGGCCACUAUAUGCGCCCGGACCUGAUCCGACUGUUGGUGGACAAGGCGCCCAAGACGCUCAUCGUCGACGCCAACGCCGAUCCCAAGAAGGCGGCUACCAGCACUCUGGAGAGACUCGGCCUUGCGAAGCCGCUUCCUGCGAGCGAGGAGUAA